AUGUCUACAGUACAGCCAAUCGGAUGGUCCACCUCACGAAUGAAUAUGCACUUCCGGUCCGUUUUUCCGGACAGAUUGGAUACUGGGAUGCAAAUGACAUUACACAGAAAUGUGACAAAGAGAUUACUGCCUAGAGAGUUGAAUUUAGAUGAAAAUAUGAGAAAUGUCGAAAUGGCAAGGAGAAUUCUCCACAGACAGAGACUAGGUACCAACAUCUUUGUCGGCGGAAGAGCCGCACCCCGUCAAAGUUUGAAAGAUUGGAAAUCGCAAACACGAAAACGACCUGAAACAUCGCCAGAAAUGGGUGAAAAGCAGAGCUCUUUUCUUCCACAGGUUUUGAAUUAUCCUUCAACGCCGAACACUCGCUACACAGCCGAUGAUGUUUCCAAGUUAGUGGAGAGAUUGUCUAGUUUUCCGCCGGAAAAAGUACCGGAAUCGAAAGGGUAUCCUAUGAAAUUACCAAAGACUAUAGUGUAUAAAAAGAAAUAUUCCGAUGACGAAAUCCAGAGAAUAGUGCGUCGUCUCACCGUUGACGAUAUAACACGUCACAGACCGGAAACGCGAGGAACAAUUCCGAUGGUGGUCAGUGUCAAACCGCGGCAGACAAUGUCCCGAAUCAAGAAGUGUUCUGCAGAAGAAGUACAAGACAUCGUAGAACGCCUGUAUAAAUUUGACAAUUCAAGACAUCCACCGGAAUCACGUGGUAGUGUUGGACAAUGGGAUCAGAGAAUGGUAGAGGAAGAAGAGGAAUAG